CCGGGAGUGGCGCGGUCUGGGCGGGGGCGGUCUGGGAGACGGGGGCGGUACGGGAGGCGGGGCUGCGCCGGGUUCCGUGUGUCUAUGUCAAUGUGUCUGUCCUUCACUCCUCCAUUGUCUGCCGCCGCUGCUGCUGCUGCUGCUGCCGCUGCCGCUGCACGAAUUGCCGCAGCCACCAGCCUUGCGCGUCGUCGCUACCUCCUCGGACAGAAAUUUUAUGAAUAAGCAUCAGAAGCCAGUGCUAACAGGCCAGCGGUUCAAAACUCGGAAAAGGGAUGAAAAAGAGAAAUUCGAACCCACAGUCUUCAGGGAUACACUUGUCCAGGGGCUUAAUGAGGCUGGUGAUGACCUUGAAGCUGUAGCCAAAUUUCUGGACUCUACAGGCUCAAGAUUAGAUUAUCGUCGCUAUGCAGACACACUCUUCGAUAUCCUGGUGGCUGGCAGUAUGCUUGCCCCUGGAGGAACGCGCAUAGAUGAUGGUGACAAGACCAAGAUGACCAACCACUGUGUGUUUUCAGCAAAUGAAGAUCAUGAAACCAUCCGAAACUAUGCUCAGGUCUUCAAUAAACUCAUCAGGAGAUAUAAGUAUUUGGAGAAGGCGUUUGAAGAUGAAAUGAAAAAGCUUCUCCUCUUCCUUAAAGCCUUUUCCGAAACAGAGCAGACAAAGUUGGCGAUGCUGUCAGGGAUUCUGCUGGGCAAUGGCACCCUGCCCGCCACCAUCCUCACCAGUCUCUUCACCGACAGCUUAGUCAAAGAAGGCAUUGCGGCCUCAUUUGCUGUCAAGCUUUUCAAAGCAUGGAUGGCAGAAAAAGAUGCCAACUCUGUUACCUCGUCUUUGAGAAAAGCCAACUUAGACAAGAGGCUGCUUGAACUCUUUCCAGUUAACAGACAGAGUGUGGAUCAUUUUGCUAAAUACUUCACUGAUGCAGGUCUUAAGGAGCUUUCCGACUUCCUCCGAGUCCAGCAGUCCCUGGGCACCAGGAAGGAACUGCAGAAGGAGCUCCAGGAGCGUCUUUCUCAGGAAUGCCCAAUCAAGGAGGUGGUGCUUUAUGUCAAGGAAGAAAUGAAGAGGAAUGAUCUUCCAGAAACAGCAGUGAUUGGUCUUCUGUGGACCUGUAUAAUGAACGCUGUUGAGUGGAACAAGAAGGAAGAACUUGUUGCAGAGCAGGCUCUGAAGCACCUGAAGCAAUAUGCUCCCCUGCUGGCCGUGUUCAGCUCCCAAGGCCAGUCAGAGCUGAUCCUCCUCCAGAAGGUUCAGGAAUACUGCUACGACAACAUCCAUUUCAUGAAAGCCUUUCAGAAGAUCGUGGUUCUCUUUUAUAAAGCUGAUGUUCUGAGCGAAGAAGCAAUACUGAAAUGGUAUAAGGAAGCACAUGUUGCUAAAGGCAAAAGUGUUUUUCUUGACCAGAUGAAGAAAUUUGUUGAGUGGUUACAAAAUGCAGAAGAAGAAUCCGAAUCAGAAGGUGAGGAAAAUUAAAUGGCUCAACAAGCACAAUACCUAGGUUACCACACACCACUUUUUGAUUGGGAAUGCUGAACCAUUUGAGAAGAGGAACUUGGCUUCUGUUUUCGCAAAGGAAAAAAAAAUAGGAUAGGCUUCCCUUGUGCAGAGGGAGAAAUGGUUUUGUUUUUGUUUUGUUUUUAAAUGGAGCCCUGAGGCAUCAGCUAUUAUACUUGGGACUCUACCUCUCACUCACUAUAUGCUAACUUAAAGCCAUUCAACAAGGAGUCAAGUAGGAAUCUGAAAUUAAAUACUCAACAGACUCCUCCUUUUUUAGCUGUAUUUUUCAGGUACUGUGUGGUGACCGCCCCACUGGUGUCUAUUACAGGCCACUUUGGUAGUUGUGUAUCUGCUCAUGUAUGUGAUUUGACAAACCAGUUUUUUAAAAUAAAUGGCUUUUUAAAAA